AUGGGGAGAGUGAAGCUUCAGAUCAAGAGGAUUGAGAAUACGACUAAUAUACAAGUCACUUUCUCAAAAAGAAGAAGCGGACUUAUCAAGAAAGCCUAUGAACUCUCUGUUCUCUGUGAUGUUGAUGUAGCUCUCAUCAUGUUUUCUCCAUCUGGGAGACCCAGUCUCUUUUCUGGCAAUAAAAGCAUUGAAGAGAUUCUGGCACUCUAUGUUAAUCUUCCUGAGCAUGAACGGGGACGUCUCCAUAAUCAAGAGUUUCUCCAACGCGUUCUUGUUAAGUUGAGGAGGGAAGCUGAUCAAACAUAUCAAGCAACCAGCCGAAUCAGUACUGAUUCUAAUCAACUCGAGGAGAUUCAACAAGAAAUCCUAUGCUGCAAGUCACAAGUAAAAGAAGUGGAAAAUCAACUGAGGAUCUUUGAAGGCGAUCUCUCUGAAGUCACGACAUUGCAUGAGGCUGAGUACCGAGAGCAGAUCCUUGAGGAAACUCUAAAACGUUUGCAUGUGCGCAAGGUAAUGAACUGUUUCCUCCUUCGCAUCCGAGAGGAGGAGCACUCCAGGAAAUAUGUAUGUCGUCUGAUCAGUUCAAUCCGCCAACCAUCUUCACACCCAAUCAUCUGCAUUAUGAUCAACAUCAAACAUGACAGUAUGUAUGUAAACACUAUAUGUUACUUCACUUUUUCCUUCAUGCCUUACCAUGCUGACAAUCAGUGA